AUGAGUGAAUGUUUGAAAUAUCAAAAACCAGAUGAAGAAUGCAUGAAGUAUGCAAUUAUUUCACACAACAUUGAUUUUGUUAUAUUCUUAAUGAAUGAAUACAAUUUUGAGAUCAAUUUAUUUUAUUGUGCACUAUAUGAUAAUCUUGAAUCAUUAUUAGUUUAUUUCGAUCAAACUAAUGAUGUUAUGAAAUGCUUUAAUAUUUCGGUAAUGUUUAAUAUUCCAUCCCUUUGUGAAUAUUUCCUAUCAAAUGGUGCAAACAUCAAUGAAAAAAAUAAUGAUGUAAAAACCGCUCUUCAUUAUGCAGCAUGGUAUAAUAGUAAAGAAACAGCCGAACUUCUUAUUUCACAUGGUAUAAAUAUCAACGAAAAAGAUAAUGAUGGAAAAAACGCUCUUCAUUAUGCAGCAAUAUAUAAUAGUAAAGAAACAGCCGAACUUCUUAUUUCACAUGGUAUAAAUAUCAAUGAAAAAGAUAAUGAUGGAAAAACCGCUCUUCAUUAUGCAGCAUGGUAUAAUAGUAAAGAAACAGCCGAACUUCUUAUUUCAUAUGGUAUAAAUAUCAACGAAAAAGAUAAUUAUGGAAAAACCGCUCUUCAUUUGGCAGCACAAUAUAAAAGUAAAGAAACAGUUGAACUUCUUAUUUCACAUGGUAUAAAUAUCAACGAAAAAGAUAAUGAUGGAAAAACCGCUCUUCAUUAUGCAGCAAUAUAUAAUAGUAAAGAAACAGCCGAACUUCUUAUUUCACAUGGUAUAAAUAUCAAUGAAAAAGAUAAUGAUGGAAAAACCGCUCUUCAUACUGCAACAAAAAAUAAUAGCAAAGAAACAGUUGAACUUCUUAUUUCACAUGGUUCAAAAAUAUAA